AUGAUACUCAACAGAAUUGACGACAGACCAGAGACUCCUGCGCGGGCAACCUCUCAGGAUGGCUCCAAAACACCGUCCGGCUAUAAGCUGUUGGCCCCGAAGCCACAUCAACGUACUGCACCGAACCUUAGCCUUCGCGUCUUGGAAUCGCCGGAGUCCUCCGGUCAAGCUGAACCACGGCGCCCGCAGACACUAAAAGAGUGGAACACCAUGAAAGACAUCAUUAGACAACUUUACCUGGUUGAGAACUUCACUCUUGAGGAGGUUGCGAACACCAUGCUUAGGGAGCACUCUUUUGCAGCUACGUAUGGAAGCUUUCCCACCCUAGCAAGACACCACGCUUCAUAUCGUUCUUUUAUUCCUUAG